UCUUACCAUGGCAAAGGUAGGGAACGCGCAGUCUAUAUAUUAUAUGUCUAUGCUGCUAAAUGAUCUCGAUUUAAAUUAUCUCCAUGUCGGAUACAUAUCGCGAACCGGACCAGUAGCGGACGAUCCGUUCCACUCCGAUUUUCGGGCCGGAGGCCGGAGUUUGCUCGCGGCAAAGUUAUAAAAGUGUAACUUGAAAAUAUACUUUUCAAUAUUGACCAACAAACAAAUCAGUCAAUUACGCGAUGUCAGAUGAAGAAGUGAUACGCCGUCGACUGCUCAUAGACGGAGAUGGAACGGGAGAUGAUCGUAGAAUCAAUAUGCUGUUAAAAUCGUUCACAAAGUGGACCAACGGUUCUGAUGUGGACAACACGUUGCACGAGAGAAUGUUGUCACAGUUGGCACAGUGCGAAUUUGCGCAGAAAAAAUCUCGAUUGGUGUCAAACAUGAGUCAAGAAGAGCUACAAAGCUAUGAAGAACUAUCCAAGGAAAUUGAAGUGCAAAUAGAGAAAGCCAAGGAAGAUAUAGAGAAAACUAAGAUUGAACUGCAAGAUGCUAAGCGUGUGAGAAAAAAUAGGAUAGAAUAUGACGUAUUAGCUAAAGUUAUCAGUGAACAACCAGAUCGUUUGGAAACCGAUAUGAAGCUUGCCACAUUGAGACAAGAAUUAGACAGUUUAAAGGAAAAGUCAGAACAGUUGGAGAACAAGUUAGAAAUGCGCCGGAAGCAAUUUCAUGUUUUGAUAUCAUCUAUUCAUUCCUUACAAGGAAUGUUAGACGAGUGCGAUGAGGAAGUAAUGGAUAUAAGUCUCGAGAAUAACACAGACACAAAUGGGUAACAGUCAUGAAAAGAUGUUUCUUUGAGAUGUUUUUUCAUACAAAAAGGAAUGAAUAAUGCAGAAUAAAAGUGUCUACCUCAGUGGAGUCAAGUUUUUUAUAAAAAUCAAGAAAUGUGUGAGAACCGCAACUUAUAGUAGUUACAACAGGAUAAAAGAG